AUGGCCGACAUCUCGCAGCCAUGGCUCGACGAUCUGAGCGAGGAGUGGGUACCACAGCAGCCGACCCCGCCCGCCGACUCGCCCGCCGACUCGCCCAUGCCUGCGCCCUCGCCCGCCGCCCACAGCGCGCCGCCCAAGCCCCGCAGUCGCCUCCCCCGCCUCAGACACUCGUCCGGCUCCUUCUCAGACAUUCAGCCACGCAGCAACCUGCGCCCCACCAAGCAGCGAAACGCCCUCGCCGAGCGCAGCCACAGCGACUCCAACGUCGUCUCCCCUGCCGCCUCGCGCAACGUCUCCCACGCCGACCCCGCCCGCCAUGCCGCGCAGUCCUUCACCACCGACUCGCAGGGCUCCCUCCUGUACGGCACCGUCGCCAUAUCCUCGGCCAAGGCAAACGGCCACUACGAGACCCCCGAGUGGAAGCGCCGCUUGGUCAAGGGCGAGGGCGGCGAGCAAAAGGACCUGUUUGGCCCCUCCGGCCUCGAGAACAUCUUUGCAAAGCCAGCAGGCAGCCCCUCGGAAGCCGCCGCCGCCCCGCCCAAGCGCAAGCUGGGCAUGCUGCGCGGCCUGUCUGCCAUGCCCUCGAGCCCACCGCCGUGGCCCGCAGCCGCCAACGAUUCGGAGCUCCAACAGUCCGUCUCGCACUCCGAAAGUCAACUGCACCGCCGGCAAGACUCCCAGCAAGCGCCGUCCAUCGCCGACCCAGACGAGUCGCUGUCAGCUGCACUGCAAGAACCCGCCCGCACCGUGAGUGGCCAGAUCGAAUUCGAGAACGAGCAGUUCAGCCCCGUCUUCAUCAACACCGAGCUCGAGAUUGGGCAGACCCCCGAUCCUGUCCUCGCCUUUCGAGGCUCCGAGCUGGCCAACAGACUGCGCCAGAUUGGCUCGCCCCCGCCCGACCAGCACGAUUCGAUACCGGAAGAGAGCUCGCUAAACUACACGCGAGAAGACUCGUCCUUUGCCCGCAUACAGGACGACUCGCUGCCCGAGGGACUGCCAGCCGGCACGCCAGACAUCGCCGACGUGGGGCGAUUCGUCCAACUUCGAAGAGGCGGCUACUCUCAAGAAGGCUCCUUUCGGAGACGACCACUGAGUCCCUCGCCCGAGCGCGCGCCUACAGCCCAAGGCACGGCUCGCAGCAACUUCUCGGCCCAGACAGCCAUCAGGGAUGCACAACCUGCCGCCAGCGACUCCGCCAUUGCCGAUGAUGAAGACAGCCCAAAAACCCCCCAUCGACGAGCGAAUCAUUUCCUGAGCCCCGAUCGAGCAAAGAGUUCAGGCAGUCCUCUGAAACUGUUUGGCGCCCACGACACCUUUACGAGCAACCGGUUAAUAAGACGACUGAGUCAACUGGAAUACAAACCAGACUCCACCACCUCAAGCAGCGUACAAGACAGCAAGAUGGAAGCUGCCAGACCGGUGCAGAACAAGUCUAGGCUGACUUCCGUCGAAGAAGUGAGUGUCGUCCAUAGCGGCCUGUCUCAGCUACCAGAAGCUCAGCUGCCAUCGCCACGUCGGGUGAGUGCCUUUGGGCAAGGCCAGCUUAACAAGUACCAGUUCGACGCAGACUACUCCGUACUGUCCUCAGAUGUGUCAGAUGCCCAGGAUGAUAGUGCGCCUGAGGACUCGCCCACAAGUGAUGUUGCGCCUCCUGGCAGUCGCCCGCCCUUCAAGUUCCAGCUCGAUGAGUCGCCUACGCGCGGAUCGUCGCGGACUACAAGACAAUCUUCGCGACACGUAUCGAAUCCAUUCCGGGUGGCAAGCCGAUCAGGUCCACAGUUUAAGCGACAUGUGGCUCCGCCAAAAGUGGAGGAAGAGUUGGAUGAACAUCAGGACUAUGCGGAUGGCAAGCGAGGCCCGACCUCACCGUUCAAGAACCCUACACCCAAGCGUCGAAGGACUAUAAACUCAACCUUCGAAGAAAGUGAAGUCGUCGACCCCCACAGCGAAACAGGACCACCCGCAACUCAAGACUCACAUGCAGCAAUUCAAGCAGUCCUUGCACAGAAACAUUACGACAACGAUCAUGGAGCCCCUGUUCACGCAGCGGAUCCGGACAUUCUAGCUCGACGACACAUUCUGAGGCCUCGCAACCCAACCCCUAGCCAACGUAGGCGUGAGGAAAUCGAGGCUGAAAUCAUGGAGGCUACAGAGGCCUUUAUGCAGGCUUCCCCGAAGCUGAACACAAUACGCGAACAGCUAGAACCAUCCAUGGUUUCAGAUGACAGCGAGGAGCAAGACCGGGCCACCGCAGUGGCAAAUGAGGUUGCCAUGUUCACGAUGAAGCGGCAAGCCAUGCGGAACCAGAGCCGCAAGCGAUCUGUGACAACACAGGAUUUCUUAGAUGAAGCACUGAAAAUCAUGAACUUCAUCCGUACAAAGGGCAGGCCUACCAGUGGGCUCGGGGAUCUUGAAGAGACGGAUGCUGAGUUCAAUAUACCGGAAGGCGCGAGUGAACAACCAUCAACGUCACUAACGUUCGAACGACCGCCUAGCCGGGAAGGUCAUCGCUCUGCCUGGCGAGAUCCCAACAAGCGUGACUCUGACCCCAGUGUCAUCACGCAUCUGCGAAAGUAUGAAGAGAAGGAGUCGGAUACCUUCCUAAACUCGUCACUGAAUUCUGUAAAGAUCUCGAGAAUGAAAAGCACAGUGCCGGAGGAAAUCAACAUGGUUGUGGAAAAGGACGACAUCCGAAUCACUGACCAUCGCAGUCGGCCAUUUGCACCGGAUGACAGCGAAUACGACCCUAGCGGAGCCCGGCCUCAAACUGGCCAAUCCGCCGGCUCAUCUCUGGGACAUACUAUUGCUACGAACGUAUCACGCCGCUCUGAUCAAGUUGCAACCCUUGCGCCAGAGGCAGUCGCACACCUCAUUCCACAUCAAAUUGCGGGCAUGAGCUUCAACCGCGAGAAGAAGAUCUGGGUUCGUCAGAAGAGUCCUUCCAAGGAGCAUCGCCGUCCUGAAGAGGAUCACAGUAGCAUGAACCAGAGCGAGGAAGACCCGUUUGGUAACAUCCCAGAUCUGUCAGUGAGCGAGACGAGGGACAACACUGCGCAAAUGGAGUCGCCAUCAUACCCUCAACCCACCGCAGAAACCCUCCUAGACGAUGACGAGGCUGGAGAUGAAGCGCGUCCUAUGACAUGCGCAAGUUCGGUCCCUUCAAAGGCUUCCAACAACUUCGGAUGGAGCUUUACAAAGACAGAAACACGAGCCACCUCUUGCAGCACACAGGUUCCCCGCAGGCGAAGUGCCAACAAGGCUCUGCCUCUUCCGACUACCUACGCAAUCCCAGAGUCUGAUGAAGAUGAUAUUGAACACGAGAUCCAGUACUUCGAGGGGCGCGAUGCGGCUAUGCCAAACGCGCCGCAUGCCCGCGUUCGCGACAUCACAAUCUCCUUCGCGGAGCGUGAGCUAGGAGGCAUUGAACGACGACACACCGAACCUCCACAUCAUUUGGGGCAACCGCAACGGGGGUUCUCGGGCGUAUCGCAGUCGAGCAAACCCACAUGGGCCCACACAAACGGCACAAGCACACUGCCCAGGACGCGGCCAAACCAAAGACCAAGAUUCAACGGUGACGGCGACCUAUCGAUUUUAGAAGAAUUGCCUUCAAAGAACUAUCGCAUGGAGCUCUCGAUGAAUGUUUCCGCACCGGUUCUUGGGCAAGGCAAACAAGACACGCUAUUUGUAGCACCAUCGUCGCCACUCAAGGGAGAUGUCACCUUCAUGCUCAGUGACUUGCCCGACUUCACUCUCAACCAAAUUGACGAGUUCGAGCAUCCGGAUCGGGUAGUAGUCAAGCAUGAUGGUACUCGACUUUCCAAGACACUCGAGGACCGUUACGCACAAGGUACCGCCGAACUUGUGAAAGCACUACAGGAUGUUGAGCCAGACGAGCCUUACUGGGAGGAUCUUCGUGAGAUUGCAUUGCGCGACAGAGACCUCGGCAGUCUGCACCGUCUCGAUGAGCUUUGCUACCGGCUUGAAGAGCUUGAUGUCUCAAACAACCAGAUCAGCCAGGUUGAGGGUAUCCCCUACGCCAUGCGACGGCUGAAAGCACAGAAUAACUGCUUGAACGGACUCACCUCUUGGGCAACGCUGGGCAACCUGCAGCACCUCGAUGUAUCGAACAACGACAUCGACAGCCUAGAUGGACUCGCCGAGCUGGUUCAUCUGCGAGUACUGAGGAUUGACAACAACAAGUUGAAAACGCUCGAUAGUAUCUUGCAUCUUGAUGGCCUUAUAGAAUUGCAUGCGGGAGGCAACGAUAUCGACCUCGUGGAUUUCGCGCGUUCGAACCUGAAAUCUUUGACGGACCUCGAUUUGCACAAGAAUCGCUUGCUGGAGAUACGAAAUGUACAUCGCCUGUCGCAGCUCCAGCACCUGAACCUGGAUGAUAACGAGCUCGAUGAGUUCCCGCUGUCGGAUACGCCGACGGAACCUUGCAAGCACUUACGAUCCAUUCGCAUCUGCCGAAACGGUAUGACACUACUCGAUGUCGACAGACAUUUCCCAAGACUCGAAUCUCUCUACGUUGACGGCAACUCGUUGACACACGUCUCUGGUCUCGAGCACCUUCGACGCCUCCGCACUUUCUCGGCAAGGGAGCAGAUUCUGGGCACUGACUUGGAUGCGGAAACGUGUGUCAGCAACCUUGUCAGAAACACCGAUGUCCACAAUCUUUACAUUUCCCUUAACUCAGCAUACACCCUGGGCAUCACACAGCACCUCAUGAACCUUCAGCGGCUGGAGCUCGCGUCCAUGGGGCUGAAAGAGCUGCCCGACAAUUUUGGUCAACUGACACCAAACAUUCGAUCGGUAAACCUUAAUUUCAACUCUCUACGGGACCUCCGUCCGUUGCUCAACAUCAAACGACUAAGCGAACUCCUGCUGGUAGGCAACAAACUCGAGCGUUUGCGCCAAAACGCAAUGGUCUUGGGCAAGUUCUCGUCUCUUUCGAAGCUUGACUGGCGCGACAAUCCGGUCACACUUCGCUUCUACGCUUCAACCUCGGAAAACAGAAUCAUGUCGCUUAGGCAGAAUCCAGAUGAUGAGCAGCUCACGGAUCGAUUCGUGCUCCCCCGAGGUGACAUCGAAGCAGAUGAGCAACACCAGUCCCGGCUUGACUACGAGACGCGUAUCAGACGCCGCGUCACCGAAAUGAUGCUGGCUAAUCUUUGCCGGGACCUUCGUGAGCUCGAUGGCCUACCCUUCGACAAGGCUCGCGUCUUGGUCAAGGACGACGUCUGGGAGCGAUUAACCAGGCUUGGUGUCAUCAGGCGCAAGCAGCCUGAGAAGACAAACGACGAUAGUUAUUAG